AUGGACAUCCUUGGUGAAUUACAUGUACCUACAACAGAAAAGGGUAAUAGAUACAUCUUAGUGAUAUCAGACUAUUUUACUAAAUGGACCGAAGCCAUUGCAAUGCCAAAUAUCGAGGCAAAAACUGUUGCAGAGAUAUUCGUUACAGAAGUAGUGACACGAUUCGGAAUACCCACUACUCUUCAUUCUGACCAGGGAGCUCAGUUUGAAAGUAAGCUCUUCACAGAGAUGUGUAAACUCUUGCACAUCAAGAAAACACAUACAAACCCCUACCACCCUCAGUCUGAUGGUAUGGUAGAGUUCAACAAAACACUUGCUACCAUGCUCAGCUCAUAUGUAAAUGAGCACCACAAAGACUGGGAUGAGUACCUUCCAUUUGUCAUGAUGCCAUAUAGGUCAGUAGAACACGAAACGACAGGAUGCAGUCAUGACUACUUAAUACUCGGAAGAGAAGUGGUAACACCAAUUGACCUCAUCUUAACUGGCAAAAAUUCAAACCUGGUGAUGAAGUAUAAGUGUUCUUCCCAAGACAUAAACCAAGACAAUCUCCAAAAUUUACAAGUUAUUGGAAAGUGCCGUUCAGAGUCUUCAGAAAAUUCACAGACGUGA